AUGCAGUCCUAUCCUAACUGGGCCUGGUGGGCCACCCCGCCUUGUCCAUACCCCACCCAACCUGCCUGGCAGCCCAGUCCACAACCCAAACAGCCUUCGGGCCCCUCUUCUCUCACUUGUUACGACUUUCCACCCCAGCCUAACACCUCCGCUGAACACCCAUCAGCCCAGUACAUCGGUUUUGCAGGUCCUCCGCCUUCGACACCUCCUUCAACUUAUGGCUACAAUGCCUUGUGUCCAUCCGACUUAAGUGCCGCCUUCUCUGCCAUGCAAAUGCAAGCUCAAGACCCUACCGGGUACAUGGACACCGGUGCCGAGGCACAUGCUACUCAAGACCCAGGACCUUCGCAAUGGAAGAAUUCUCUCCGCCACAAUAGCACUAGGAACUUAUAUCCAUUCACCGCAGCGCAACUGCCGCCUGCAGCCUGUUUCCUCACCACUACUUCUGCACCAUGGCAUGAACGUCUCGACCAUCCAGGAGCCCAACCUUCAUUAACAACACCACAACUCACUACCGUUGCCACCACCCACCACCACUGUCAUCCGCCGCCGCCACCCGCCACUGCCGCCACCCGCCACUGCCGCCAUCCACCAUCGCCGUUGCCACCUCCGCCAUCCACCAUCGCCGUUGCCACCUCUGAUCACCGCCACCACUCACCUUCGAUCAUCGUCACCGCUAUCGCCGCUGCCACCUCCGAUCACUGCCGCCGUCCCCACCCACCUCCGUUAUCGCUAUCAACCACCACCACCACCACCGCUACCACCUACCACCACCGUCGCCACCGCUACCACCUCUGA